AUGUUCCUUUCUGUUACACCCGUACAUGCUCGUACAUAUCCGUACAUAUCCGUACAUGCCCGUACACAGUACCGGCUGGAGCGCAAGGUGGGAGAGGGCACCUACGGGGUGGUGUAUCGAGCUACGGAGGUGGCUACCGGGCAAACCGUGGCUGUCAAGGAGAUGCGGCCGGAUGACAGCGAAGAGGGUGUUCCCAGCAGUGCACUUCGCGAGAUCGCCAUUCUGUUGGAGCUGCGGCACGAUAACGUAGUCAGGUGGGACUCCGAUGCCCAACGAACGACACAACUGUUUUUGGUGUUUGACUUUCUGGAUCUGGAUCUUCAUCGCCUGAUGCACAUCUACCCACAGCUUGGAUCCAACUCGCGCCUCGUGAAGUACUACACGUAUCAGAUGCUGAGCGGGCUGGAAUACUGCCAUCGCCGCCGUAUCUUACACAGAGAUUUGAAACCCCAGAAUUUGCUCAUCGAUUUGCACCGGGGAAACCGUCUAAAGAUUGCGGACUUCGGCCUUUCUAGAGCCUUCGGACUGCCUGUACGGCUCUUGAGCCCGGAGGUUGUGACAUUGUGGUACCGUCCGCCGGAACUGCUCCUGGGGGGAAAGGUGUACGGCACUCCAGUGGACAUUUGGAGCGUGGCGUGUGUCGUACUGGAGCUGUCCAACCGCUGGCCGUUAUUCCCGGGCUCCACGGAAAUCGACACGCUGCUCAAAAUUUUUGAGAAGCUGGGUACCCCUGACGUGUCCGCGUGGCCGGGUUUGGCGGACCUGCCGCACUGGCGCCCCGCACUGCCCCGCUUCCGGGCCCGUCCCUGGGAGGAGAUCGCGCCGCGGCUAGAUCUCCAGGGACGCGACCUGAUGAGGCGCAUGCUGGAGUACGACCCUGCACAGCGGAUUACUGCUGCUGCCGCAUUGCAUCAUCCAUAUUUCGAUGGCAUCUCUGAUCUGCUGGCCGAGCCGCCAGACUUAACGGCGUGA